AGGAGCGCAGAGUGAGAGUGAGCCGGACGCUCCGGGAGGUGAGGGGGGCGGGGGGAGCAGCGCCGCGGCCGCCGCCGCCUCCGCCUCCACCGCCUGGGACGAGGGGGUGGGGGACGGACGAGCCCCGAUGCCGGGGGAGACGGAAGAGCCGAGACCCCCGGAGCAGCAGGACCAGGAAGGGGGAGAGGCGGCGGCGGCCAGGGCGACUCCGGCGGAGCCCCCACCUCAGCCCCCGGAGAGGAAGGCCGAGUACCCCCGCCGGCGGAGAAGCAGCCCCAGCGCCAGGCCGCCCGACGCCCCGGGGCCGCAGUCCCAGGCCGCGAAGCCCCCGUCUCCAGCUCAGGGCAAGAAGAGUCCGCGACUCCAAUGCGUGGAAAAAGUAACAACUGACAAAGAUCCCAAGGAAGAGAAAGAGGAAGAUGACUCUCCCCUCCCUCAGGACGUCUCCAUCGCUUCCACGCGGUCCAGCAGAGGCUGGCGCAGCAGCAGCAGGACGUCUGUCUCUCGGCACCGCGACCCGGAGAACACCCGGAGCUCUAGGUCCAAGACUGGUUCGUUGCAGCUCAUCUGCAAAUCAGAACCAAAUACAGAUCAGCUGGAUUAUGAUGUUGCAGAAGAACAUCAGUCUCCAGGUGGCAUUAGUAGUGAUGAUGAUGAGGAGGAGGAGGAGGAGAUGUUAAUCAGUGAAGAAGAAAUACCAUUCAAAGAUGACCCCAGAGAUGAGACAUACAGACCCCAUUUAGAAAGGGAAACCCCAAAGCCACGGAGAAAAUCAGGGAAGGUGAAAGAAGAGAAAGAGAAGAAAGAGAUUAAAGUGGAAGUCGAGGUGGAAGUGAAAGAAGAGGAGAAUGAAAUUAGGGAGGACGAAGAGCCUCCUAGGAAGAGAGGAAGAAGGCGAAAAGAUGACAAAAGUCCACGAUUACCCAAAAGGCGGAAAAAGCCUCCUAUCCAGUAUGUCCGUUGUGAGAUGGAAGGAUGUGGAACUGUCCUUGCUCACCCUCGCUACUUGCAGCACCACAUUAAAUAUCAACAUUUGCUAAAGAAGAAAUAUGUAUGUCCCCAUCCGUCCUGUGGGCGACUCUUCAGACUCCAGAAGCAGCUUUUGCGACAUGCCAAACACCAUACAGAUCAAAGGGAUUAUAUCUGUGAAUACUGUGCUCGGGCCUUCAAGAGCUCCCACAACCUGGCAGUGCACCGCAUGAUCCACACCGGCGAGAAGCCGCUCCAAUGCGAGAUCUGUGGCUUUACUUGUCGACAAAAGGCAUCCCUGAAUUGGCAUAUGAAGAAGCAUGAUGCAGACUCCUUCUACCAGUUCUCUUGUAAUAUCUGUGGCAAAAAGUUUGAGAAGAAGGACAGCGUGGUGGCGCACAAAGCAAAAAGCCAUCCUGAGGUGCUGAUUGCUGAAGCACUGGCUGCCAACGCAGGCGCCCUCAUCACCAGCACGGAUAUCUUGGGCACUAAUCCGGAAGCCCUGACACAACCCGCGGACGGCCAGGGCCUUCCUCUUCUUCCUGAGCCCUUGGGAAGCUCCCCUUCUGCAGAGUGCCUGCUGCUGGGAGCUGAAGGCAUGUCAAAGUCAUACUGUAGUGGGACAGAACGGGUGAGCCUGAUGGCCGAUGGGAAGAUCUUUGUGGGCAGUGGCAGCAGCGGGGGCACUGACGGGCUGGUCAUGAACUCAGACAUACUCGGUGCUACCACAGAGGUUCUGAUUGAAGAUUCAGACUCUACUGGACCCUAGAGAAAGGAAGACUCUGGGCACUGGGACAGCUCAGACUUUGUAUUUAAAAGAUAAAAAGGACAAAAAAAAAAUUUAAAGCAUUUAAAAAUCUAGUAAAAUAACUGAAGGGCCUGCUCUUUCCAUUGUGGAUCACAGUACAUACACCCCGUCCUCUCUUACCCUCUGUUGUCCCCUUUAUAAAAUCGAAGUUGCCUUUAUCAGAAAGGUAGACAAAAAAGAAGCAACAGCUUUUAAUGUGAGGGUUGUCCUCACGCUCACUUCCAGCCAGGCCAACUCCUACGGCAAGUCCCCUUUUCCAACCUGUAACUCCAGUGUGCUCUGGAUCAGCUUUUAACUCUUACUGGUAUGACUGUCCUCAAAGCCCCUUCUCCUUUACGCUGCCCUGUAGUUCUGGCUUCUACCCGCUGCGGCACAUGUACCCUCAAAGUAUCACAGAAUUCUAAUCCCUGGAGGCUGGCAGCUUGACUUGGCACUUUAGGGCCCCCUAGCAGGGUGAGCUGUUAAAACAGCACACACCUCACCCCCUUCCCUCCACUCCCCACUGGGUUUUGGAAAAGAGGGAUACCUGGGGACCACCUCCCUCCUCUGACCCCAGCACCCAGCACCCAGCCCCCUCCCAACACUUCUAUUUGGUUCUCAUUGGUGCUCACUUGUUUGGAAGCAGGCUCCCCGCGGGGAGGGGGCUGCCCUCAGCUUGGUCUUUGACCAUGAAAGGGCUCUCUCAGUGAGACAGAAAAGUCCCAGAUUAAUGGCAGGAAUUUGCACUUUGAACAUGUGUGUUUUUGUGUUGUGGAACCUGAAAUUCCUUAUUUAUUAACGGAAAGUCUGAUUUUUUUUUUUUUUUUUUGUCUUCGUUGGUAUAUUUUGUGGGGCUGGGUGAGAUUAGGUUAUUCUGCUGUGGGGUCCUUUUCGUAAGAGGUACUUUUGAAGGAAGAUAGUUUGAAGAAACACAGCCAGCCUCUCACAUCAUAGCUCUCCCCAGUGGCCUUUGAAGAAAGCUGGUCCGCAGCACUAACAGAAUCACUACAGUAGCCUAGUGUUUUUUGGAAGCCUUUUUAGGAAAGGGUGUUCGGCUCAUGGUAAUUAGUGCUCUUUGAGUUUUUAGAGCAUUGCGAUUAAGGAAUUUUGAGGGGAAGAGGAGGGUUUGUCCAGGGUCUGAAUUCAGAUAAAAGAUUUUCUCUUGUGAAUUCUCUUUCUUGUCCUCAUCGUUCACACUUGCCUUUCUGUGGGCUGACUGGGCCCCUCGCUUUGUUUUUGCUUUGUUUCAUCACUGGUCCGUCCGCGCUUGGGGCGGAUGCUGCCUCUUGGAGGAGCAGGCUGGGAGCCCCAGUCAGGGCAGAGCUGCCCUUCCCCUGUAAGGAUGCUUUGGGAGGGGCCAGACCUCAGUAGCUGAAGUAGUAUUUGUUGGACGACUUAGGCUUUCCCCUGGAGCUCUGGGGAUCACCACUUUGCUUGAGAAUAGGGGUUCUCUUGGGGUGGUUGCUGUCACUGUCACUGGGAAGAGUUGGGGCGUGUUUUUGGUGUUCACAACUCUGAGGGCUCAAAACCUAUUCUGGAGGUUUCUCCAGAGUUCCGAGGGCAAGGCCUGACUGCCGGUGUGUCCCAGAGCUGGAAUUCAAGGCUGCCCUCUUCACUGUCUGUCAAAGUAGGAUGACUGUAGGAAAGAAUGAGGUUGUGCUGAGAACAAAAUAAGGGACCGCUUGUUUUUCAGAAACACUGAAACUGCAAAGUUUAUCAAUUUUCUCUCUGAUUUGUUUUUUCCCAAAAAGAGGAGUAACAAAAUGUCACAUCUGAAAGAGGCCUGCUUUCCGCCCACUGGUGUCAGUGGUUGGGAUGCCGGGCGCGGGGUGAAACACCUACAGUGAGCCGCCUUAGAGCACCAUUGUUUCUUCUCAGAGCGCUGCAAAUAUGUCGCCCCAGCGGGGGUGGGGGGUGGAGAAUGAACUGGGGCUGGGCGGUGUCCAAUGUGCCUUUGUGCCCACGCUCGGUUUGGGGCUGACACUGGUGUGUGGCGUGGACUUGACCCCGUGACUGGGGGGUCGCGGGUCUAGCACGACGUGGGUCUGCCGGGAAGUGCCCUUGGUCCCCCUCGCUGGCUGUGUCUGGACCCCGCACUGCCUUCGGCCUCUGUCCCGCUCCCCUCACCUCCCAGCCCCGUGCAUCCUUCGCGGUGGUCACUCAUCGGACGCUUUCGCUACCUACACAAAAGCAAACUGCAUUAAAACAAAAACUAAAAGAUGGAGGGAGAAUUAGGUUCUUUCUGUGUCACACUCCUCUCCCCACCAAAAGCAACUGUUUUUCUUUUUUUGUCCUUUUCAAGCAAUUUGCUUUGUGACAUUUUCGGUCCACUUUCCUACAGUUUGAAAAUUUCUGUAGCGGUUUGCAGUACAUUUUAAAAUAUUUUCUUGGACUUUUGUUUUUCCUUGUGAGGGAAAGGAAUGUGGCAUAGCAGAGGCUGGGUAUGUGUGACCUGUGGCUAGCCGUCGUCCCUUACCUCUCUGCUCCUGGGCUCGGGCCUUGCUGUCCCAGGGAGCUCUUUGACUCCUCAGUCUGCGUUUCCUGUCUUAGGCAAAGCCUGUUCCUCUUAACUUCCCAACGCCUGUUCUCCUUCCUGAAUUGGCAGCUUUAAAUUUUGAAAAUGUAGGUGAGAGAAGUACCCAGGGGAUGUGAUGUUCCCGCCUUUGUAGUUGCUGAGGGUUAUUUUGCAUUACUGACUCACUGUGCUUCAGAGUGUUGAGAUAAAGUGGUCAGGAUUAUUGGGAGUUGAAAAAAUGAAGAUACGGAAAAGCAUCCUCGUAGAGCACUUGAACCUCCUUUGUGUUUGGAGAAAAAAUAGAGUGUACUAAAAACCUAGCUAAGGUUUUUACAGUCUGGGUGUUUGAAGUUACCAUUUUCCCUCCUUUUCCCCACUUUUCAAUGUACUCAAGAAAAUUGAAAAUUGUAAUGGAUCAAUUUAAGAUAUUUUAUUUCCUAAAAACCUUUUUUGCCUGUUGUAAUGUGCAGGACCCUUCUCCUUGAUGGGAGAGACAGGUAGUUACCUGAAAUCUAGGUCGAAAAGGUUAUGUAAAAAGAAAUUAUAAUAAAAGGGAUACUCUGCUUUUCAAAUCCUUGUUUUCUCUUAAUCUAGUAAGACAUAUCCAAAAUAAAUAUGUAAAGAAGAAAAAUAAAAGUUGUCUUCAUGGAAGCAGCUGGUCUUCCUGGUUGUACUGAGCGAGUCACAGAUGUCCUGGGGUGACAUGGUUGGUGCUGCUGAGAGCCCAGCGCCUCGGCUCAGGACGACGCCACUGGGCCGCCACUGGGCCGCCGCCGCGCUCCUCCGAAUCUGGUGCUGGCUUUGGACUCCGCUUGUGUUUUCAUUUGAUCUGAUGCUGAGAUGCCACGUCCUGUGUGGCCCUUAGACUCGGAAAUCUCUCCCGCGGAUUUCUAACCAGGAAAGUAGCUCUGUUGGAGUAAAACGUUGAGGCUGCUGUAAGAGUAAAGCGACUGAUGGCAAAAGUGGUAGCACUGA